AUGUCGAAGCAAACGGUGUUUAAGGCACGCGAUGAGCCCAUGACCCAGGAACAGCUCGCCGCGCUGGCCGCCGAGGCGGCGCAACACGCCGAGCAGGAAGCCGACAUGGGGGAUGACACCAUCCCUCAGAUCACGUCGGAUAUCAUUCCAGGCAUCAAAAACAAUAGUUCUGAUGCCGACGAUGCCGCUCCCGCUCCGAAGCGCAAGCGUGGCCGCCCCGCCCUGGCUCCGAUGAAGAUCAAGCGUGAGGACUCUGUAGUGCGUCUCGACGAGGUGGAAGCUUUUCAAGGAGGUUCGUCUUCUCAGUAUGGCACUCCUCUUGGCACUCCAGAAUUGCCUGCCACGUCUCGGGUAGCGGGAAAAGCCAAGCGCAAGUUCGAGCAAGCCUCUGCCAACGACACACAGAAAGCCGGUGUUACAUUCAUCUCUAGAGCACAGGCCGCCAAGAAGUCGAAGAACCCGAACGUCGACGGCCAUGCUGUUAACAGCGACGAGACUGAGGACGACCCUAAGAGACAGAAAGAGUUUGAGGACGACACUGAAAGACAGAAUGAGAGCGAGACCGACGGGGAGGAAGAGAGCGUAGAGGGUAACGACGCGGUCAAUGAUCAAGAGGUCCCCGUUCAGACCCCCCGUCGCGGCCGCCCCCGGAAGAACAUCGCCGCUGCUGAGGCUAACCCUCCGAAGCGCCGUGGUCCAGGUCGUCCCUCAAAGACCCAGGCUGCUACAACGUCCAGCAAGGCCACCAGAGACAGCAUUCAGAACGAAAAACGGUCUCUCCGAUCUUCGGGCAAGAACACCGACGCGACCAAAAAGGUCUCAAGCUCUCACACGAGAGGUGUAGCCCAGGUGAAGAAGACACCCAAGAAGCGUCCCACUGCUGUGCGAGCUGAGUCCGAAGACGAUGAAUAUGAGGUCGAGCGCAUCGUUGGCGUUGAGCCCGCCAAGGGCAAGAAGCAGAAGAAGUACGAGGUGAAGUGGAAGGGCUACUCCAACAAUGAGAACACUAUGGAGCCCGAAGAGAACCUCGCGAACUGCAAGCACUUGAUCGCUGCGUUUGAGAAGAAGCAAUCCAAGGCUGUGAAGAAGUAA